AUGUCAAAUAAUAGCUUGUCUGGCAAGAUUCCUCAGUGCCUCAUCAAUGUAAAUAGAGAUCUACGGCUAUUAGAUCUGUCAACGAAUAGAUUUCGAGGCCCACUACCAGAAAUAUUAGCCUCGAAAUACUGCAGCUUGAAGUCCAUUGUGUUGAGACACAAUCAUUUAAGAGGCAAGCUGCCACCGUCAUGGGCAAGCUGCAAGCAGUUGGAAGCUUUAGAUCUCAGUGACAAUGAAUUGGAGGACUCAUUUCCUGGCUGGCUUGAAACUCUUCCAAACUUCGUUCUUUUCCCUACCCAGUACAUUGAUAGUUUCAACAACAUGAUGGGUGGAGGAAAAGGACUAGGGACUUUACAGUAUGUUAUGAACGGGUCGUUCGCUUUCCAGUCUGCAAGCGUGAUAUACAAAGGGGUGCAGAUGGAGUUGCGAAAGCUACAAAAAGCAUUUGUCCUCAUUGACCUAUCACGAGAGAUUCCCGCAGCAUUGGCAAAUUUGACAUCGCUGGCCAUCUUCAAUGUUUCCAUGAACCGGCUCACGGGAAAGAUUCCUCACAGCAAACAAUUCGACACUUUCGGGAGUGAUUCCUUCGAUGGGAAUCCAGAUCUGUGUGGAGCUCCCUUAACAAAACCCUGUACUAGUACUGGAGGCCACUAA